GAGGCGACUCACAGAGUGGCGACUCACAGAGAGGCGACUCACCAUGCCUCGCGGGGGCCUGCUCUGCACGUGGCUUCUACACGGUAUGCUGCUCACCAGCCUGGUGGUGCCGCUGCCGGCGGCGGCCGCGUCACAGGCGCUGCCCUUUGACCUGCUGCGAGCGCUGAUUGGGAACGCCUCCACCUACAACCACAUCAGGCCGGACGCGGACGGUCCUCCCGUGACUGUGAACUGCAGCCUGUACAUCACAAGCCUCGGAUCCGUUGAAGAAACAACCAUGGACUACACGGUGACCCUGUUCCUGCGCCAUUGGUGGAACGACGAGCGGCUCGCCUUCACGGGCGCCACACGCCUCGGCUGGCUCGACCUGAGCCCCGAGGUGGCCACGUCCGUCUGGAAGCCCGACGCGUACUUCUCCAACGAGAAGAGCGCCGCCCUGCACAUGGUCACCGCCGAAAACAUGAUGCUGCGAGUCUUCGCCAACGGGGACGUCUUUUACUCCGUCAGGCUGUCUCUGACUUUAGACUGCCCGAUGAAUCUUCGCCAAUUCCCUGUCGACGUGGUGAAGUGCAGCAUAUACCUGGAGAGCUACAGCAUGUCGACCAGAGAUAUCGUGUUCCGGUGGAGCUUGGAGAAUCCUGUGGAGUACAGCGACCAGAUCACCAUGCCCGAGUUCAAGCUAGGAGACAAAACCCUGCAUGAGGACUGCACCAAGAACUUCAGCACCGGCAACUUCACGUGCAUCCGUGCGACGUUCUCCCUGCGCCGCAAGAUUGGCUACUACAUGUUCCAGAUCUACAUCCCCACCCUGCUCAUCGUAAUUAUCUCGUGGGCUGCCUUCUGGGUGAACAUGGAGUCGGCGCCGGCACGCGUCGCGCUAGGCAUGACCACGAUCCUCACCAUGACCACGCAGAGCAGCGGCUCGCGAACCUUCUUGCCCAAGCUGUCGUACGCCACUGCGAUGGAUGUGUGGAUGACUGCCUGCAUGGUCUUCGUAUUCGCCGCCUUCCUCGAGUACAUCGCCGUCACCUACGCGCUCACUAACGGCCACGACCUCCUCCUCAAGCUCGCCGAGUGCAAGGAGGAGGAGGCGGAGGUCGACAAGAAGACAAAGAAGAAGACGGAGUUUGGAGAGAAAGUUUCCUCCCUGGCUCAGGGCAUUGACAACGUCUCCCGUGUGUUCUUCCCCAUCUGCUUCCUCUUCUUCAACCUCCUCUACUGGUCUAUCCUGCUCGUGGUGCUCAGCGAGGGCGAGGAGUAAAACGGCAAUAGACUAAGGGGAAUAGACUAAAGGGGAU